AAGGGACAAGCACAACUGCUCAAGUCACAGAGACAACAUCUUCAGCAACUUCUCCAAGUUCAAGUCCCACGACUGUCUCGACAUCCACAUCCAAAGUGACAAGCACAACUGUAUCCACAACUUCAAAAACAACAUCAACAACAACGAAGAAGCCCAUCCAGUGUGAAAACGGUGGAACCCCAAACGAGGACAAUCAAUCUUGCCAGUGUCCUCCUCCUUUCACCGGUCGCACAUGUGCAGUUAUCAACAGCGUCAUUUCUCCAGACACGCUCAACAGGACAGUUCAGACAACAAUUGAAGUUAAAGAGAGUUUCAUACCAGAAUAUGCAGAUAAAACUUCAAACGAAUAUGAGGAGUUUUCCAAAAGGUUCAAAGACGAGAUGACACCCAUAUAUACCAAAAAAGUGAAAAACUUCAAAGAAGUGGUGAACAUCACUCUGAAGGCUGCCACAGGUGGUGCUUCCAGGACCAGAAGGACUUUGUUCAGUGGGAUUUUUGUAAAAGAUACGACCAGUGAAAAUGUAAAUGCUGAACACGAUAUCGUUGUGGAGGUUCCCAAUGACAAAGAGUCUGAAGAGGCCUUCGAUGAAAGCAUUGAACAGAUUAAUGAGACUCUUAAUGCUGUGGGAAACUGUUCAACACAAGCUAACAUUACAGAAUGUCCAUCAUUUGAAGUUGGAGAAGUCAAACCCCCGACGCCGGUGGCAUUUGAUGGAGACGCUUUCUGCAGGUCCGAGGUGGAGCCUGGUUUUGAGAAGUACUUUAUUCUUGCCGAGGUGGACGGGAAGCGCACCUGCAUCUCCCCGUGUGAAGCAGCCCAUCCUCAACCCAAAGGGUGCCAGAACGACGGCACCUGUGAGGUGUUAAGAGAGGGACCCACCUGCUAUUGCAGACACACAGAGCAGAACUGGUACCUGGGCUCUGACUGUAGCUACCCCGUGCACAAGGUUGGGUUCUACGCCGGCCUAGGGGCGUGUGCUGCUCUUCUGGUGGCCUCAGUCGGCGUGCUGUCUGCUUGCGUCAUACUGAAGCAGAGGAAGCAGAAUCGGGAGAAGGACAUGAAGAAUGAGCUGGUGAAUCAGUGGAUGGAGGAUGAUUUUGAGUGGCCCACCUCUGGCAGAACAUCACACACACCGUCAGCAGGGGCGAAUGCCAACCCUGCCUAUCAGAGUGGGAGUUUGUACACGCAGCAGCGACUGGGUCUGCCAGGCCUCCAGUCUAGGCCAGCACCGGGCCAGAUGAGGGCCAGAACCGACCCACACUGGGCUUCCCUACAUCAGGGCCCCUCGUACAGAACCGACCCACACUGGGCUUCCCUACAGCAGGUUCCCUCACACAGAACCGACCCACACUGGGCUUCUCUACAGCAGGUUCCCUCACACAGAACCGACCCCUACUGGACUUCCCUACAGACCUCCUCUAUUAGCUCUUUUGACAUUUAGUGUCUCUAGCUAACGGAUCUGCUAUGUCACAACUAAUGGAUCAAUGGCAAUAUCUCACCCACAUCACAAUUAAUGGAUCAAAGGCAAUAUCUCACCCACAUCACAAUUAAUGGAUCAAUGGCAAUAUCUCACCCACAUCACAAUUAAUGGAUCAAAGGCAAUAUCUCACCCAUGUCACAACUCUUCAACUCUGCUGUUUGCCAAGGAACAAAUUGAUUAUUAAACAGAUAAUCAUAUUAUUAAAACCACAUCAGUUCUUUACUGAUUGCUGGUCAUGAUGAUACGCUGCUGUACUUGUAAAUGUGUGAUGAUCAGUUACUAAAACAUACAUAUAUGAUAUAAUAUCAAUUUACUAAAUACUACAAUAUAGUAUGAAGUAUGAAGUAUAUUGAAACUGCAGGUUGCCUAAUGUGUACUUAAUAGUAAAUUAUAAAGUAUUUAUUUAUAUAGCUAUUCAGGGUAAUUUCCCCUUUCAUUUAUCAAUGAGUCGCCUGUGGCUUAGGUUGUUGACAUUUGUGUUUAUUUUUAAAUUUAACUUAAUGUAUGUUAUGUCUGAUGCUAUAUAAUGUAUUAGGACUUGUAUUAUUGAGGAUCACCUGCUUAAAUAAAAAUGCAUCAUCUAAGAAUCUG